AUCCCAUAGAGCAUUGCGUGAUUUCGAGGACUGGGAUUUUACAAGAUGGCGGUGGCAACAAAAUACGUGAAGUGGCUCCGAAACUUUUUCGCCGGUAGGGACUACCAAGGUAAUUUGCCUCUGAGAUACGCAAGGGAUCAAGCACCAAGGACUAUCCCACCAGCUAAUUUACCAGAUGGUCCAUCCCAUGCAGUUGCCAGUAACUACUACUUUAGUAGAGAUGCACGGAGACUAAACUCACCACCAGAUGUGCUGUACUCGCAAGUAAAACAGCUGCCAGCUCCAGCAGCCAGUGGUCCGUCUUCAGUUCCAGCAAACAGGUCUACAGUUACUCCCGGUAAAGCACUAGAGUGGAAUAUAUCCAAAGAUCAACCAUAUCUCUGAUUGACCCAAUUGGAACUUUAGAAACGCUGCAUAAACUAUGGUGAAGUGUUCCCAGCGGGUUGACUAUAUCGUAUGUUGUACUGUACAUUAAAAAAUACUAGUCGAUUUAGAGUUUUCUGCUGGUAAAUUUUGGUAUGCGUGUGUCAGUUUUCAUAAUCGAUUUUUCCUUGUGUUCACACAUUUUGCGUUUUGAUUAGUGUACUACAAAGGAAUGACAUUUUUUUUGGAAUGAUUAUUGUAUAGAAGCGAGACUUGCUUAGUGAAUAAAGGAAAAAAAAAUAAGACUUUAAA